GGCCUCUACACUCUACAGUAGCCUCUGUACAGUAGAAAAUACAAGAUUAUCUACACGGCUCCAAACCUGAUGAUUGUGUGUGAGGACGGAUCUACGGAGGAUGGAUCCAAUAUCUUCUCCUGAUCCUAGGCUAUCCCCUCCUUCCUCCCCGCAGUCCAGUGCAUCACCUAGUCCCGCCUCCAGUCCUUCAACAUACGCUAGGUCCAUAGGUUCCAGUCCUGUACUACCUGGCGUGGACCCGGACCAGUACGAUGGACCAUCCAGCACGGCCCGACAGGUUCUACCGACCUGCGCGCCUACCCCGCUUAAAUAUGGCUGCGAGGACCAUUGGUCUUGGAACAAGAACGACAAAUCCCACGAGGUUAGACUGUACGGACCAAAACAGAGAAUUGCGCAUUUCCAUCCGAACUGGUCCAACGGUACUGCUGGUGUACGCGGUACAAGGAUACUCAACGGGGGUAGAUUCUACUGGGAGAUAAAUGUAUCUCAAAGAAUAUUUGGGACCAGUAUGAUGUUUGGUAUUGGCACAAAGAAGGCGCGACUCCACGUGGACGCUUUUGUUAACAUGCUUGGUGAAGAGGAGAGUAGUUGGGGACUAAGCCACAAGGGUUUACUUUGGCACGGAGGAAAACACAGGCAGUAUGUAAAGUGCUUUAGGGAGAACAUCGCUACGACAAUUGGGCUGUACUUUGAUGGAGUUUCUGGGACAUUGUCCUAUUACAAGGACAAUUUGUGUCUAGGAGUUGCGUUUUCAGGGUUAAACGAUGUGACAGAGCCCCUUUACCCUGUUGUUUGUAGUACAGCUGCGAAAACAGAGAUGUCACUGGGUGUCCUCAAGCGCGACUUUGUGAAUCUGCAGGACAGAUGCCGCGCCACCAUCUUGAAACAGCUGACCCACGAGGAACAGAUUGAUCAGCUGUGCCUACCAAUACGGAUAAAACAGUUUAUAUCGGAGGGUCUGGAGAACUUUCAAGAGGACGUUGCACUAUCAGUCAAUAAUCAGAUGAGUCACUGGUGAACUGUAAUUUAAUAUUUAUUAGAACAAACUAACUGACAGACAAGUAUUAACAAUACUUUAUUAUUUACUCAUUGGGAUUUACUAAUGGCAUUAAUUUUACAUAUUUGUUGAUAACAUUGAAAUUUUGUUAUUAAUAUUUGGAAAUGAAUAUUAUUAUGAUUAUUAUUAUUAUCAUUUGAGGAGGCCUCAACGUUUUAUCUUUUGGGUUCAAAGUUAAAUCUUUCUAGGAAAUUAUUGAACCCUUAACUUUUUAUUCUUCUAAGUUAAAUGCGCACUCUGAUUUUGUCAGAAAAUAUCAAUGUACAUACGCGUAAAUUGUACAUAAAUUGUAAAUAAUAUUAUAAUGUAAGCCCUAAAAAGGACAGCUAACUCACCAAAGAAGUAUGAUUGAACCAAAGUUAGGACCCUAGCGGUAAACUAUUGGAUUGUGUAAAUGAGUUAUCAUUUCUUCUUUUUAAUUCAAAAUUUAUUUUGAUUUCUCCAUGUUUUAAAGUGUGCUGGGUAUGAAUGAAAAAUAUAAAUCUGUGAUAAAUCUACAAAAUGUUGUAAAUACUUUGUUUAACAAGCACAUUGUCAAAGAUAUGCAAUGCUUUCAAAGCUUGUAAGCAAUAGUGCUGACUGCUUGACUUUUGAAAAAAAAUCUUCAAUAUUUAACUUUUGAAGCAUAUUUGCAAAAAAACCGUGAAAUAUUCGAAGUUGUGCCAUACAUAAAAUAGGCCUGUAGUGCCGGAGUUGUGCAAUAUUUGUAAAUCCGUUCAAGUAUAAAUGAAUUAUGUAAAAUUGUAAAAAAUGAGGAUACAGCUUUUUAGGGUAAAGUUUGUGCGGUCAUGUUUGAGCAUGUACACAAUUGUGUACAGUCAGAAACAGACAUGUACAAUCAUGUACAGACUAACUCCUAAGAUCCUGUAACUCUAGCCGAGUGUUGAACUCUAGUCAAUUCAUCUGUAAAUGUAAAGUACAGUUUCUGUACAUUUUCUGUACAUAUAAUGCUGUUAAAGUCAAUGUUUUAGUUAUUUUAAAAAAUUUCGUUGAUUUUAUAGGUUUUUUUGAUGUAUAUAAGUUAUCUAGUUCCUUGUAUCACUGUAAAUUUUUUUUUUUUUUUUUUACUAUAUGCGUGCAAAAUGCUUUAUAUUCCUUUUAAAACAUAAAACUUUCCUUGUUCCCCGUUUUCCUCCUUCUUUUUAUCUAUCUAUCUAUCUAUCUAUCUAUCCAUCUAUCUAUCUAUCUAUCCAUCUAUCUAUCUAUUUGUCUAUCUAUCUAUAUUUCUAUCUAUCUAUCUAAGGAUUUCCCCCUUCUGACUCAUAUCUAAUCU